CUUCCAGUGCAUGGCCAUGUCUGCUGAGGAGAUCAUGGCGGCGAAAGAGAAAGCCAGAGCUAGCCGGGGUUGUGAUCCGGAACAACUGGUGAACUUCUACGACUCGUGGGCGGAGACCUAUGAAAAAAAUGUCGACUCUCUGAACUAUCAAGGACCCAAACUUGUGGCGGAGCUCAUUUCCAGCCACUUCAGUGGGAAUCCUGCGGAGGCUCGGGUUCUGGACGUGGCCUGCGGACCUGGACAGUUUGCUGCAUUGAUGAAGGAGCGAGGCUUCAGGAUGUUUUCAGGCGUGGACUACAGUGAGAAGAUGUUGAAGGAGGCUGAAAAGACAGGGGAUUAUCAGUCCCUUGAACAAGCCCACCUGGGAACUGAUCCUUUACCCGGGGAUGCUGAUUCGUUCGACGUGGUGGUCCUAAUCGGAGCGUUGAACAAACACCUGGUCCCGUUUAGUGUCCUGAGAGAGCUAUGCAAAGUCACCAAACCUGGGGGGUUGAUUUGCCUCACCAAGACAAACUACAAAAACGAUGACGCAGUACAGUUGCUGGCCCUGGAGAAGGAGCUGAAGCAGAUGGAGGACGAGGGGCUGUGGACCAAAGUGACUGUCACAAAGUGUGACAAAUACUUACGGAACGCAUUUGUGGAAAACAUGCUGGAUGACGAAUUCCUUUGCGGAUAUGUUUGGUUGUUUCAGAAGUAACAAGGCGGUUUCCUCUCUGGUGAUUUUAAACAAACAAACAAACA